AUGGACCAGAUAAUGUCCGAUGUCAGUGACCAUCAGAGGAGGCGCCAGCCCUUGAGAGAUGUGUCAAGCCGGAUGAACAACCCCAAGUCGCCAAAGGUCGAAACACCGCGCCUGAGGAUCCAGGAAUCCGAGCAGCUGAAGAGUCCUGACCGGAUGUCCUUUCUAAUGACUCCAACUCCACAAAGAAACAAGGAAAACGAGUUCCUCUCCGUGGCUAAUGACCUACAACCAGACUCGGCCCGCAACUCCAUCAUGUCUGCCGCUUCCCUUCUGUCACUCAAGGGGAAAAGGAAAACACAUGUGGGACCAUGGCAGCUGGGGCGGACACUGGGGAAGGGUGCCACUGGACGGGUUAGACUAGCCAAGCAUGCUGUCACCGGACAUACGGCCGCGAUUAAGAUCGUUUCGAAAAAGUCCGCUUCGAUGGUUCAGAGUGAGAGUAUCGCUGCAAUGGAUCGUAACAUAGGAAAUUUCCCUGCCAAUCCUGCCACCAGACAAAUGCCCUGUGGAAUUGAACGCGAAGUGGUCAUCAUGAAGUUGAUUGAACAUCCAAAUGUGAUCAGUCUCUAUGAUGUUUGGGAAAACCGCGGAGAAUUGUAUCUUGUCCUUGAGCACGUAGAGGGUGGAGAGUUGUUCGAUUAUGUAUCACACAAUGGACCUCUACCAGAAGAAGAGGCAGUGCGACUGUUCCGACAGAUCAUUGCGGCCCUAGGGUAUUGCCACCGUUUCAACAUCUGUCACCGGGAUUUGAAGCCGGAGAACAUUUUGCUUGAUGCAAAUCACAAUGUGAAGCUGGCUGAUUUCGGUAUGGCCGCCCUACAACCUGCAGGCCACUGGUUAAACACUUCGUGUGGCAGCCCUCACUAUGCAGCACCGGAAAUCAUCUACGGCCGAAAAUAUCGCGGUGACAGAGCAGAUAUGUGGAGCUGUGGCAUCAUUCUCUAUGCACUUUUGACUGGUUAUCUACCUUUUGAUGGAGGCGACUUGGGAAGCACGCUGCGACUUGUGAAGAAAGGAGACUACAUGAUCCCUUCCGAGUUGAGCCAUGAAGCUGCCGAUCUGAUCCAGCGUAUCCUCCAGAAACGCCCAGAGGAUCGUAUAUCCAUGCAAAACAUUUGGCUGCAUCCACUGUUAACCAAAUACGAAAAGCUUCAUAAUGCCAUGGUUGAUCACUACGUCGGCCCACCUCCCGCUUUGUCAGUGAAGGAUUGCGGACAAACCCUGUCCUGUCAGCAAGACAUUGACCUCGACAUCCUUCGCAAUCUGCAAACAUUGUGGCAUAAUGUCAAGGCCGACGACCUGAUUCAAAGGCUUCUCUGCAUUGAACCGACCCACGAGCGGAUGUUCUACAACGCUUUGGCAAAAUUCCGUGACGAACAGCUGGAGAACUACCAAGGACAGCCUCUAGAGUACUCAGCUAGUGACUAUCACCACAUCUCUCGACCCGGUGGGAGAGUUCGUCGAGGCCGCAGCCAGACAGGUCAAGGCAGCUCCAAGCGCCGCACUCAAAUCUCAUCUGUCAAAGACUUCCCCCGUCCCCUCAGCUACUUGCAGGAACCGAUGUCCUCCGGUACUACGGCGAGCUAUGAUCCAUACAGGUCACCCGUUCACAGUGGCACAACGUCUGAAGCACAGUAUACUCAUGUUAUUGUCCAUCGACAGUCAACAGAGCAGUCUCAAGCUAUUUUAUCGUCGCCUAGGGUGAAGCCUCCCCCUCCCAUUGCGGAGGAGCAAGAGCCAGAGGAAUCAGGUGGGCCCGAUGAAUCCCCAUUUACUGUUCUCCAGAAGCGUAAGCACGGGCCGAGUUCCAUGAAGUCUUUCGUCUCUUCGAAAGUGCCUCACUCCAGUUCCCGUGCUCCGGGAUUGUCCACACACUCCAUGAGCUAUCGUCGUAAUGUCUCCUUCCACCACGCUCGCAACCGCUCACAUGGAUCCACAACUGCCAAACCCAAGAAAAGGAAGAUUGCUCCAUCAAAUCAACAGAAUGAUGUGAGGAGGUCACCGAGCACCUGCAGCUUGCAAAUUAUGACUGAUGCCGUCGAUCUACUUGACAUGCCAAGCAGCCCACCCCUGCCAGCACAGCCAACCGUGGUUCGAGCUAAUGGUCCGAAGGUCAAGAGUCUGGGGCAAGUCAGAAAGGUUCGCGAUACAGACUACACGUGGAGGGAGGACACUCGAAAUGUCUCCCAUGAGCUGAGCCAGAUCUGCGAAGAGGCAUUCAAUGGAAGCUCUGUUACAACCAUUCGCACCACCAGCUGUGGAUCUGGAUACGAAACUCCGGGGACUCCAGUCUCUAUGGCAAGCCCUGAGCAAGUUAAGCGGAGUUCGACGAUCCCGGUGUCUCAUUCUUCCCAGGAGUCAUCUCGGUCUUACAAUAUCAAGGAGCUUGUUGAAACACGUCAAAAGCUUAUUGAGCACAGCCGGGGUCGAAAGGACAACGUUCCCGCUUAUCUUUCUGGUGUCAUCAGUCAUCUAGAUCGCUUGAUCAAAGAAGACCAGGCCCAUAAUGGUACGGGAUUGCAGCUGGAUGCAGCAUGUUGCCAAGAUCCCUUCUUAAGUUCGCCAAAAGAGGCCAUGCUCCCUGUUAUCAAUGAGAAUUGCGCAAGCACUCUCCGCGACCCCAGUGAGGCCUGUUUACGGUCUCAGCAAAAACCAGGAACUUACCUCGCUUCGUCCCAGGGCGAUGCUAAGGCAACCAUUCGGAUGGUCCCCCAUAGCUCACUCCCAUCCAUGGAGGAAGUCAAGCCCCUAACCAUUCGUAAGAAGAACUAUAGCAAGUUCGCUUCAUCAGAUGUUCAUGAAUUUGCUAUGGGUGACCCCACGGGUGGCAGUUUGAACUCUUCCAUUGGAUCUCGACACGCUGCUCAAUCUAGUGGACUGGCUCCCAUCGAAGAGAUUCCUCUGUCCCCCAAGAAAUCAACAGCUCGUGCUCCUGAAGGAAAGAAAUGGUCAUGGUUUAAGAAUCGUUCUCAGGGCUCUGAUAAUUCCUCUGCUCUUCCACUCAAGGACGGCCAUCUCAUCACUCCCAGUGGAGGCACGACUGUGCACCAUCCAAUCACCUUCCAGCCCACUUCUUCUUCAAAGGAGGAGCCCGUAGAGCGAGUCCCAAGACGAAAAACUUCUAUGGAUCGCUUUGGCGGUGGCUUUUUCAAGAAACUCUUGACCAAAAAGACCACCCAAAACAUGGAAGAAUCUCCUUCUCACAAUGAGAGAGACCUCCAAUCCACGCCAACUAAGGAUAAUCGUCACUCCUCCCUGAUUUGCAAGGGACUUGCAGAUACCGAUAGUUCCGUUGAAGCUGAUGAUACCCAAAACCCACCCCACCACAAGCGCCGCUCCAUUGCCAACCACAACUGGCUCGCCCGGGUUUUCCAAAUCAAGCCUGCUACCCAAGUUAUUGCGCUCAAUACAUCAAAGGUGAAGGGACGCAAGGAGCUCUAUAAACUACUUCGCGAGUGGCGGGAUUUCGGUAUGGAGGAUGUGUACCUGGACAAGACCAACAGCAUUGUGCACGGUCGUGUCAGCGAAGCCAAUUUCCUCCAUCUUCGAGAGGUUGAGUUCACUGCCGAGUUUUACACUGUCCUCGAGCACGGCCUCCAGGCCAACCUGAGCUUGGUGCGCUUUAAACAGGAGCGUGGCGCCGCUUCAUCCUUCAACAAGGUCGUUGAGACUGUACAGAGCACACUCAUGCGUCGCGGCAUGGUUGUUGAAGACCCAUCUCGUGCAAAGAAGAUGGCGCGCGUUCUUGACUCAGUCCCGAACUACCGUUAA